UAAGGAUUAUUGGCCCAAUUUUGGUAUGCUAGGCAGAUCGCGUAUCUUAGUGGCUAUGCGUGAAACUAUAUCUUAUAGUAUAAACCAUCUAUUCACAUUGAUGGCUAACCGUGAUCUAUAUAGUGGUACUUUCUGCACCUUUAAACAUCUUGCCCUAUCAGGUGCCGCCCCAAUGAUGCGAGAUGACAGCAUUUAGCCUAUUGGAACCAUGAAUAGAGCAAACGCCCAGAACGUACCCAAGGUUCCAGAGCUUUGGAGGGUUCCAUCUAUGAAAGUCACAUAUAGGGUCAUAUUGACCAGAAAGGAAGCUCCUUGAAAUUUACAAGUGCCGACAUACCAGACGUAGAACCAUGAUUGUGUUAUGGGAUUGUUAUAGCCAACUAGAUGUCUCUCCUCAUAUCUUCGUCAGAUUACAAGUAUGCUUAACUCCCUUUGGGGAGAAAUUAUCGUCGCUAGGGGGGGAAAUUAUAUCUUGACCGUACCUGGAAAUAUAAGACCGAAACCAACCCCACGGAGAUACAAGAGCGAUGAUCAUUCCAACUGUCCGCAUUUUUUUUUGCCCAAGAUGAAACGAUUAUUCCUGGUGGCUAAUACUUUAGUGAAGAUCCUCGCGGCUAGCGGGUUGUGCGAUCAAGAUGACAAACCUAGCCUGACAGUAGGCACUCUAACUGGGAAAUACACCGGUCUGCGAAAUCCAGAGUACCAGGGUGUCAGGGAGUUUCGAAACAUACCGUAUGCCGAACCUCCCGUUGGCAAGCUCCGAUGGAAACCUCCCGUGCCUCUCCGUCCCUCACAGGUCCAUCACUAUUCUUACAGGUUCCCUCCUUCGUGUCCUCAAUAUUUGACAUCCAAUUUAUCGCUAUGGAACGCAAAUAUCACCGACUUCUCCAUCUCAACGGGUGACCAAAGUCACUACGCAGGAGAAAUGGCGCAGACCACGGCGGAGGACUGUUUGAGCUUAGCAAUUUGGUCGCCUAUCAACCCUACAUCCCAAGAUAAGCUCCCAGUGGGUUUAUUUCUACCUGGCGGUAGCUUUAGGGGCGGUGGCCUGGAUGCCCCUUAUCACAUACCAGCAGGAUGGGUGAACCGCAGUCAAAAACACAUUAUGGUUACUAUGAAUUAUAGGGUCAACAUCUUUGGAUUUCCGAAUGCCGCUGGGCUCGAGGAUAAUGAUCUCGGUAUUUUAGAUCAGAGACUUGCUCUUGAGUGGGUGUAUGCGAAUAUUGAAGCCUUCGGCGGUGACCCGAGACGUAUCACCGUAUGGGGCCACUCUGCCGGUGGAGUCUCGGCAGACGUCUUGAACUUCGCAUAUCAUGAAGAGCCGCUAGCCGCCGGGUUCUUCCUGAUGUCUGGGACAGCAAUGCGUACUUUUUCACAAGGGGACAACGCCUUGCAAACAAACUUUACGUAUGUUGCUAAGGAGCUGGGAUGCGAUUUUCCAGACGACGCUAAAGCUGAGGUGGAAUGUAUGAGACAGGUCCCUGUGAAUUUAAUUACAAAUUUUGUCGGACAUUAUGGGGACAAAAAGAAGAAGCCUUCUUUGUUCUUUCGACCUACCGCUGACGACAGAGUCAUAUUUAAGAACUACACAGAAAGGGCCGAAAGACGUCUCAUCUCGAAGGUACCAGCACUCAUCAGUGACACUUCGAACGAGCAAUCAAGCCUUAUUUCCUACCCUAUUAAUAACUUGAUACAGGGGCCCAAUAAGACAGAAGUUGACAAAGGAACACUGGACGACUUUAUUUGUCCCGCAUUCAACUCUUCAAAUGUCAGAGAUGCUAAUAAUCUCACCACAUAUCGUUACCAAUACGCCGGAAAUUACUCGAACCUAACUCCAUUUUCUUGGAUGGGAGCGUAUCAUGGUGCUGAUCUUCCCAUGAUCUUUGGAAGUUACAACAUUACAGGUGGAGCUACAGACUUUCAGAGGCAAGUGGCAGAGACGAUGCAAGACUACGUAUUGGCCUUUUUGACCGAUCCGGAGGACGGUUUGAAGUCAUUCAGUUGGCUACCUAGUGGUUACGAAUCUAGAGUGGACGGCUCAAUGGUGAGAUUCGGAGCUGGUAACGUUGUAGUUCAAAGCAUCAACGCCUCAGACGUAGACGUCGCAUGCAUGGGGAUAGGAGAUUAUAACCCCCACCCACAAAAGUGAAAUUGAAUUCAUUAGGUACCCACCUACCUAUUCAUUGACCAGAG